AGCGUCGUACGGUCUUACGUCAAGGCGUAGCCCGAAGCAGGUGGAUUCAAGGCGGAAGUGAGAUGCUCUGCGAUGGUGUCCUUUUAUCGAAGAGUCAGAUAAACACAAAGACAUGAGAAAUCAAAGCUGAUUUAACGGGAAGAAAAUGAAAUAUCGGGUAUCUGAGCGUCUGGUUAGUUUGUUUAAUUAAUAAAUUACCUCUAAAGGAGAGGAUGAUGGAUUUCAGCAGAGCCGACGGAGGCUCCUACACGGAUAACCUCAUCGGGACUCUACUUGCUAUUUUUGGGAACGUGCUCGUAAGCAUAUCCUUAACGAUUCAGAAAUACAGCCAUGUGACAUUAGCAGGAACCAAGGACCCACGUGCCUUCUACAGGACUAAAACCUGGUGGUGUGGUUUUGUAUUGACCUGUCUCGGAGAGGGAGCUAACUUUGUCUCUUAUGCCUUCGCUCCCCUUGCUCUUGUAGCACCUCUUAAUGCUGUGUCUGUCCUAACAAGCUCAAUCUUGGGCCUUAUUUUUCUACGUGAGAAAUCUAAACCGAAGGACUUUGCAAAGCGCUUUGGGCUGUCCGUCUUGGGCGUCAUCCUUACCAUCGGGGGAACGUACCUCUUUGUUGCAUUUGGACCAAACUCUCAUGAGAAACUUAAAGCUGAAAACAUUGUGAAACACAUUGUAGGAUGGCCUGUUCUCUUGUACCUGCUCCUGGAGAUCAUCACGUUCUGCAUGCUUUUAUACUUCUACAAACAGCACCGUGCUAACUACCUCGUUGUUAUUCUGAUGCUGGUCGCUCUGCUGGGCUCCGUCACAGUCAUCACAGUGAAGGCGGUGUCAGGCAUGCUCGUUCUCACCUGCGAGGGCAACAUGCAGCUGGACUACCCGAUCUUCUCUGUCAUGUUUGUGUGCAUGGUGGCUUCAGUUAUCUUCCAGGCCAGUUUUCUCUCGCAGGCUUGUAAGCUGUAUGACUCCUGUCUGAUCGCUAGCCUCAACUACAUCCUCUCCACUGUCCUUGCAGUGGUAGCUGGAGCUGUGUUUUACUUGGAGUUUAAGAAUGGAGAUGCCCUUCACAUCUGCAUGUUUUUGUUGGGAACUGCAUUCUGCUUCCUGGGAGUCUUUCUCAUCACCAAAAACAGGAGAAGGAGCAAAACCUUUGAGCCGUAUGUCACUAUGGAUAUGGCAAAUGGUGUCCCGGUGAUUCAUGAUAAAGGCCUGGUUGUGCAGCCAGAAUUCAAUGGAUCAUUCUCAUAUGGAGCUCUUGUCAACAAUGAUGGAGUGGCUCCUGCUGCUUUGCCAGUCAAUCUUGAGCAACCACCUGUCAGAUCUCGUUCCCCUGAUGCAUCCCGUGGCCAGCCUGACCUAAAGACAGAUUAACACUUUUGCUCUCACAGUUUUUACUCACUUGAACUUUAGAAACAUUCAAGAACUCUGAAAGGCCAAGAUUGCACUUGUACACAAGACCAACCUCCAGUAGCUGUUGUCCACUGGGUGCUUCAGAUGCCCCUUGACUCUGCCUUACACUCCUCUCCUCACACUUUUUACUUUCUCUUAUAUCUUAAAACAAAACAGGACUCUUAAAGCAUUCCUUUGAGAAGAUGUCAGCUAUAUGCAUUCCAAAAAUGUACAGAAGAAAGUGGAAUACACAUGGACUCACAGAGAAAUGACAGUGGAUAGAGACAGUGUUUUGCCUUGAAGCAUACUGCCUUGACUGUGUUAGCUCUGAGAUGUUAUCCCUCACUUCCAUGAGUUUUAAGCAAUUUUGUUCCCACUCUCUCAUGGUGGGAAUACACGAACCGUUCUUCCAUUCAGGUUGUUGUUACUUCUUUAACCGGGUUAUUUCUGUAAAAAUGUUCAAUAAUGUAGCUGCGGACUGUCUCCGAAGACUUGCCAAGUGACUCUUUGACUUCAAGUAUUAUGUCUUAUAUGAGUGGGCUUCACUCCACAAUAUCCUGCUUGGAAUUUCAGUGUAUCAUUGCUCUUCCUGAUGUGACCAAACAACGGGUGAAAUCGUUCUAAUUUAUUGAAACAUUUACUGUUGUGUGCCUUAAAUGAAGCUGUACACAGAAUAAAUAAGGAUUAGGCGAUACAUAACUUGAAAAGCUGUAGCUGUUCAGUUAUAUCAGACAAAUGUUAUCAGCUCGUGCCUGGAAUUUUAAUCUGAAACACUUAAAAUACUAAUUUAGAAAAAGAAAAACGUUGCUUACAUCUUGUGACUACUGGUAAACUGUAAAAGUGUGUUAGCCUGCACUGCAAAAUCUUUUUUCUGAUGAAUAUUUGAAAUCCUAUCCUGCUUGAUUUAAUGCCUUGAUGUUUCCUAUUAAAAUCUUCAAAUAUGCAGUAAUUACAGCUAAACUAACAUGUUAAUGUGGCACAAUGUUCUCAGGUAUAACUUCACAUGCUGAGGGAUCAUACAGCAGUAAUCAAAAUGUCUAUUCACACACGGUUAAAUACUCAGUAAUACAUGAAUUCGUCUAUAAUUUGUAUACACUCCAUCUCUACUUUUGAGGCAAUAUUUCCACAGUGUUUAUAAAGCAGAAAGCAUUUCCACAGUAUUUGUAAAGUAGCUUUUUUGUUUGUAUGGUGUAUGUUCAUGUAUCAGUUCCUGUCAACUUCAUCUACCUUCAAAUAAAAGUAGAAAGCUUACAUUUAA